CCUCCUCCUCCUGUCCUCCCCCUUCUUCCACCACACCACCAUGGCUGAGAAGGUCGGCCCUAAGACCCCCCUCAACCACCCAGGGGUAACCUCCCUCCCCCCAGAGCCCAUCCAGAUCAUCCGCAGCAAGUCCCGCUCCAGGAGGGUCCGCGUCAACGUCGGCGGUCUGAACCACGAGGUCCUGUGGCGGACUCUUGACCGGCUCCCCCGCACCCGCCUGGGCAAGCUCCGCGACUGCAACACCCACGAGAGCCUGUUGGAGGUCUGCGAUGACUACAGCCUCGAUGAGAACGAAUACUUUUUUGACCGGCACCCUGGCGCCUUCACCUCCAUCCUCAACUUCUACCGCACAGGGAAGCUGCACAUGAUGGAGGAGAUGUGUGCCCUGUCGUUCGGCCAGGAGCUGGACUACUGGGGUAUAGACGAGAUAUACCUGGAGUCCUGCUGCCAGGCCCGGUACCACCAGAAGAAAGAACAGAUGAACGAGGAGCUGCGGAGGGAAGCGGAGACGCUGAGAGAUAGAGAGGGAGAGAUAGAGUUUGAUAACACCUGCUGCCAGGAGAAGAGGAAGAAGCUUUGGGACCUCCUGGAGAAACCCAGCUCCUCCCUGCCUGCCAAGAUCCUGGCCAUCCUCUCCAUUCUGUUCAUUAUCCUCUCCACCAUUGCCUUGUCCCUCAACACCCUACCAGAGCUCCAGGUGCUAGAUGAGUUCGGCCAGGCCAACGACAACCCCCAGCUGGCCCAUGUAGAGGCCAUCUGCAUCGCCUGGUUCACCAUGGAGUACGUUCUUCGCUUUCUCUCCUCACCUAACAAGUGGAAGUUCUUCAAAGGUCCCCUGAACGUCAUUGACCUGCUGGCCAUCCUCCCUUAUUACGUCACCAUCUUCCUGACGGAAUCCAACAAGAGCGUUCUACAGUUCCAGAAUGUCCGGCGUGUGGUGCAGAUAUUCCGGAUCAUGAGAAUAUUAAGGAUUCUGAAGCUGGCCAGGCAUUCCACAGGGCUGCAGUCUCUAGGCUUCACCCUGAGGCGGAGUUACAACGAGUUGGGCCUGCUCAUCCUCUUCCUGGCCAUGGGCAUCAUGAUCUUCUCCAGCCUCGUCUUCUUCGCCGAGAAGGACGAAGACGCCACCAAGUUCACCAGCAUCCCCGCGUCCUUCUGGUGGGCCACCAUCACUAUGACCACGGUGGGUUACGGUGACAUCUACCCUCAGACUCUUCUGGGUAAGAUAGUCGGGGGUCUGUGCUGUAUCGCCGGGGUGCUGGUGAUCGCUCUACCCAUCCCCAUUAUAGUCAACAACUUCUCUGAGUUCUACAAGGAGCAGAAGAGGCAGGAGAAGGCCAUCAAGAGGCGGGAGGCGCUGGAGAGGGCCAAGAGGAACGGCAGUAUCGUCUCCAUGAACCUGAAGGACGCGUUCGCCCGGAGUAUGGAGCUGAUGGAUGUAGUCGUGGAUAAAAGAGGAGAGGACAAGCUCUGUGUGGGCCUGGAUAACCACCUGUCCCCCAGCCGCUGGGCCGGCACAACCAAAUGCACCGCCUCCGACACCAGUCUUCAUUCCCUGGAUAAGACGUUCCCCGAGUCCAUCCUCCUGGGGUCCACCCACCGCAUCACCAUCACCACCAGUGUAAGACCCCAGCGGCGGCACCUCGGCAGCCCUCAGUUCAGAGGCGGUACCUCUCAGCUUCUUAACGCUCAGAACCUAGAGACCAUGUACAACCAGAUGGCCAGGUCUCAGUCCUUCACCAACCUCAACACUUCCUGCUCCGUGAGCACCGUGAGCACCUCCACCGCCUUCACCACCACGGCAACCCCGGCGCCGCCGCUGCAACAGCACCCGGGGUCCCCUCCCACCCCGGUCCCGACCUUACAGAAAGUGGAGCUGGAGAUGCAGGAAGUCCCGCCCUCUUCUUCGACCGAACCCUUACUGAAGGAAGUUGAAGGAAUACGGAGCCUGCCCAGCGUGGAUAGCUUCUCUAGCUGCAGGGACGAGUUCUCGGAGGGCUCUGGAUAUGGAAGAAAGCUCCCUCUGUCUCUGGACCUCCUCCCAGAGUCGAGUGUCGAUGACGUCCAAAGCCCCCAGGAUGCCACCCUCCUCAAAGACGGGAUGUAUGGGUUUGUUCACUAUGACCAAGAUGGUGCCACACAGUCCCCCAGAGACGACGCAGAGAGCUUCAACAGAACAGUGGAGGACAUCCGGAACUCCCUGAGAGGCAGUAUCAACCCCGUCGUCAAGGGAACUAAAGGGUUAAAGGUCAACUUCAUAGAGGGCCCCCCUACCGAGGUCCCCCCGACGCCACCCAGCACCACCUCCCGCCAAGACAUCAGCUCCAGCCUCCUGGAGGAUGAGUCCCCUGAGGGAGAGACCUCGCCACACCUCCCCAGCACAGAGGCACUUGACCCGGGCACAGAAGACGAGACCUUCCCCCUGUCCCCUGAGAGGCUGAUGGUGGUGAUGCCAGGGGACGAGGACACCCUGGACCAGAGUCUCGGGGGUCAAGGGUUGGCCAACGACGAGAACCACGAGGAGAAGAAUCUGAUGGAGAUGGCGGGAGCGGCGGGGAACUGCACCCAGGGUGUGAUGGGGGGAGGGGCAGGUGGGGAGGGCAAGGCCAACAGCAACCAAAGUGGACUUAAAGCAGAGAACCACAUGUUUACACCAGAGAUCCCCCUGAUGACCGGGGACAGCAACGUCCCCUUCGACAGAGACGAGCGGUUGUCGCCUCUGUUGUCAGCUGUCGGUGUCUGGGCGUCUCUGAAAGAGACUGAGGCGAAUGACACACUGUUGGAGCAAGUCACCAACCUACUCUAUGUUCAGAAGUGGCCGUGGGAUCUGGACGUUGCGCUGAAGGUGGGAGUGAAGCGUCACGGGGAGGGGAAGUGGUCACGCAUCCUCCCGGAACACGACUUCCAGGAUCACGCAGGGGUUCAACUCAAAGACCGCUGGAGGGUCCUCAAGAAGGUGCAUAAAGUCAACACAUACUAA